AUGUCCGGCGUGCGGAGGCUCCUGCGGGCCCGGGUGUCGGAGGCGGCGGGGGCGGCGUGCCGGCGGUGGGGGCGGCUGUGCGCGGCGGCGGCGGCGGCGGCGGGCGGGGCGCUGGUCGGCCUCCUCCUGUCCUACCGCCCGCACGGACCCCCGCGCCCCCCGGACUCCCGCGCCCGCCGCCCCGGACUGCUGCCCCCUGCCGGCCGGGGGCUGCUGCACAGCCCCGUGGCGGCCGCGGCCGAGGAGACGGGGUCUGUGGACAGAGCAGUUCCUGAAGAUCUAGACCUCUAUGCCACAUCUCGAGAGCGGCGGUUCCGUUUAUUUGCAUCUCUAGAGUUUGAAGGCCAGUUAUUUAUGACACCAUAUGACUUCAUUCAAGCCGUAACGACUGAUGAGCCCAAACGAGCUAAACAGUGGCGAUCUCUUUCAAAACAAGAAUUAAAUCGAAUGCUUAUUGAAACACCACCAGCUUGGAAAGGAUCCUCCAAACUUUUUCGUAACCUUAAAGAGAGAGGAGUCAUUUCUUAUACAGAAUACCUAUUUCUUUUAUGUAUUUUAACAAAGCCUCAUGCAGGUUUUAAAAUAGCUUUCAACAUGUUCGAUACCGAUGGCAAUGAAAUGGUGGACAAAAAGGAGUUUUUGGUGCUUCAAGAGAUAUUUAGGAAGAAAAAUGAGAAGAGAGAGACAAAAGGAGAUGAGGAAAAAAGGGCAAAGCUGCGUCUUCAGCUUUACGGAUACCGCGCUCCUCCCGAGAGUGUCCUUAAAACGGAUGUUGGGGAACUGGUCUCCAGAAGCUACUGGGACACUCUGAGACGUAAUACAAGUCAAGCCCUCUUUUCGGACCUGGCAGAGAGAACUGAUGACAUCACAAGUUUGGUAUCGGACACUACUCUCCUUGUGCACUUCUUUGGGAAGAAAGGAAAAGCAGAGCUCAACUUUGAGGAUUUUUAUCGGUUCAUGGAUAACCUCCAAACCGAAGUCCUGGAAAUCGAGUUUCUUUCCUACUCCAGAGGGAUGAAUACCAUCAGUGAGGAAGACUUUGCUCAUAUUCUUUUGAGAUAUACAAAUGUGGAAAAUACAUCCAUAUUCUUGGAAAAUGUGCGCCACAGUAUGCACGAAGAAAAGGGUAUCACAUUUGAUGAAUUCAGAUCAUUUUUCCAGUUUUUGAAUAACUUAGAAGACUUUGCAAUUGCGAUGAACAUGUAUAACUUUGCGAGUCGUUCUAUAGGGCAAGAUGAGUUCAAAAGAGCAGUCUACGUGGCUACAGGUCUAAAGCUAUCGCAUCACUUGGUGAAUACCAUCUUCAAGAUUUUUGAUGUUGACAAAGAUGAUCAGUUGAGUUACAAGGAAUUUAUCGGUAUUAUGAAAGACCGACUCCAUCGUGGCUUUCGGGGCUACAAAACUGUUCAGCGAUAUACCACUUUCAAAGCCUGCCUGAAGAAGGAGCUCCAGACCAGAUAAGAACUUCCAAAGCAUGGCUUGCUGGGUUUCUUGGUGUGUGUAACCCUUCCAACAAGCAACCACUUCAGAGAACUUAGGGAGCAGUUUCAAACCAAGAACACGAUGAGUUCAAACAGAAUAACUGAAAUGGCAGUAGAAAUGUUUUCCUGACUACUAAAAAUUCCUCUCAAACUAUAUAUGUAUGAAAGGCGACUAUUACACAGAGAAAACUGUAUCUUCACCUCGUUGCAGAAACAUUCUAGUCCCUCAGCUUGAACUCGUGGCCUGGAGUUGUAAACUGACUGCCGACCCACUCUUCCCAUUCCUUCUGGAGUACGGAGUUCUUUGAGCGGCGUACUUCCUCUUGGUAUCUAUUUUAAUCAUGUUCAAUAAUGUGUAUAAGGCAUCUGUUAUUUUUAUUUAUUAGAAAUUUGCCUCAUUUUCAAAUUAUUUGGGCUUCGUGGUCAAAUGCCGUUUGUAGUGGGGAAAAAAUGCCUUUAUUUGUUUUUCAAUACAAACUUGAUGUCUGAAGACAGAUAUCAUUGGAAGUUUUGCCUGAGGCAGAGGUAAUAGCACUUACUUAAAGACUAUAUGAAUGUACUUAUGUUGCCACAAUGUUUGACCACUUGUGGAUAAUAAAGAAGGAGCAGUGACUGUGAGACUACGAUGUUGUUUAGGAAGAGAUACGUGCUGGAAGCUUCUCACCUGUCAUUCACGUGAAGGAUUUUUCUUAUUUAUUGUAGUUCCUAAUAGCUGCAGUAUGUAAGGUGUUAUGUUUUGUCCCAGAUAUGAGAUGACACAUGUCCCAGCCUGCGUGUCAUUCUAAUCAGAAAAUGUUGAAGGAGUCUCUUUGACACAAUACCGUUUCUAUAUAAAACUGUGGGUACUUCAUCCUUGUUCACUACUUUAGAAGUAGAUGAUGGCAAAGGUUCAGGAAUUCAUGAGGCAAAGUUUGAGUGGAUCUAGGUUUCUUUGUGACCUAGGGUGGACGUGGGAAAGGACAGAGCAGAGGAAUAAUUAAUCCAGCAAGAUGCCUGUCCAUCUGCCUGUCCAUCUGCCUGUCCAUCUGCCUACCUGCCUGCUCACAUGCCUCCUGCCCGCUGCCUGCCAGCCUGCUUGCCUACCUGCCUACGAGCUAGAAUCUAGAAGAAUCUAGAUCCAGGUUAUUGUAUGCUGACUUUUCUCAAUCUAAAAGUUUUUAGUAGACUUAACUCGUGUUGUCGUUGCUCUAGAUUUCCAGCUACACCUGUAGCUGUUAUCCAUGGGAAUUAGCAGAAAAAUCUCAUUAUUCGUCCGCCUAGCAAUUAAGAAUCAAAAAUGAGCCGCCCAGUUCCCCCCUCGUCGUCUCCCACCUCCUCCGUCCCCUUCCCCUCGUGAGGACGUACAGAGUUCCGGAGGGAAGGGAAGGGGGCAGAGGGGAAGGGAGGAGAGAAGGGGGAGAGGGCAGCCGGUCCGGUCUCAUCUGUCCGGGGUGACUGGUCUCCCCAGCCGGCCUCACACUGCCACCUCCUCCCAGUCCUCUCCGGGCCUCGUCUGGUCAGGGAGACUGAGGCAGUGGGGCCCAGCACAUCCCUGGCCUGGCAGGUAGGGCUGUGGCGACGAUGCCGAGCUAGCGCCAGCACUCUCCCGGGACCAGGAGUGGGGGCGGGAGGCCACGGCUGCCCUGCCCACCCUCCCCUGCCCUGGAGCACCGGGGAGGUCCCGACACCCCAAGAGUCGUGCACGUGCUGGAGCUCCGGCAGUUCGGGAAAGGAGCCUGGGUCCUGGUCGGAGAGAGAGCCCCGUCAGCCCAGUGCCGGGGGUGUGAUGAGUAUUUAGAGCAGAUUCAACUCUUCCUGAGAAGAAACACCACAGACCGACACAGACCGAUAGAUCAGAUGCGGCUGCAACCAUCAAAAGCCUCCUCGCUUAAUAUACUACUACGGUACUGCACUAAAAUAGUAUGCGUCACACUGGGUUUUUGUAGGAAGUCUUGCUGGAGACUUUGGCAUGAAAUUUAUGCAUAAAAUUACUUUGCAGAAUUUCUCCCGGCAAACUAUUUUUGAUUUCUCAAGAUACCAAUUUUUUUAUUAUUUCUCUGAAAACGGACUAGUAAGAAAAACAUGUAGCUUGCAUUGCAUUCUUGUUUUCUCCUAUUAAAUGCACUUGCACUUGA